AUGCUAGACGAUCUCGUCUGUGAGGUUGAAACGCACGAGCCGAAUGCGCUCUCGUUUCAAGUUGUUUGGGACAAUGAUGCAAAAGUGUAUUAUGUGAUCGAGAAAUUCACCGAUGAAGCAGCCUGGGCGUAUCAUCGCGACCAACCCUACACAGCAGAGCUGCGUCGCAUAUCGCAGGAAGAACAUAACCUUGCCAAAAAGGUGGAUCACGUGACGAGCAAGAUGGACGGCAUAGCACAGCCGUCUCUCACCCUAUUAAAAGCCCCCUACCCAAUCGACGCCGCGUGCUCAUACAUGGUAUCACUACCCUCGAAAGGGGUCCGUUCCACACUGAUCUACGCGCUAAACCAAUGGUUUCAGAUCUCGAACCGGCACGUGAAUCUAAUCAAAGAGAUCACAAGUAUGCUGCACAACUCGUCAUUCAUUCUACACGACAUCCAAGACCAAUCGCCUCUUCGCCGUGAAAAACCAGCUGCGCAUACUAUCUUUGGUACCGCGCAGUCCAUCAAUAGUUCCACAUACCUUUUCGUUCGUGCCAUGCAAAUGGUCAGCGAUAACUUCAACCGCGCAGUGCAACGAUCUUUCCUAGAGAUACUACAACGCAUGCACAUUGGCCAGAACUACGACCUGCACUGGCGAUUUCACCUCAUCUGCCCCACCGAAGACGAAUAUUUCGAGAUGGUCGAUCAGAAAACUGGCUGCAUGUUUGAGGUGCUUCUCCUGCUUAUGGCGUCAAAAUCACGACAUGCCAAGGAACAAAGUUUCAGUUCAUUCUUGCGCAUCUUCGGACGCUACUUCCAGAGAAUGGCACCAGCGUCGUUUGCGCAAAUUGCGGCUAUCUUCCGCAACAAUCAAACUGAUACCGUGCGGUUGUCGCCAGAGACGAAAUCUUACAUUAUUUCCUUGUUUAAGGCAUCGGGUGCGCUGGAUGUUACGAUUGACUUGAUUACGGAGAUGGAGAGGCAACUUAUCAGUGAGGUUAAGCGGUUAGAGGGCCAAAUGGGAGAGCCAAACUGCUUCAGACUCUUAGCUUAA